AUGCGAAAACUCGGCGAAAAGUCUGCUACCUCCUCAACCUCAGAGUACACCGGCAAGAAAAGUCGAGUGAUGCCUGGAAGGUCGCCUCGCCAGGAGACUAUGCAGUGGCAGAGCAUUAUCGGUUCGGGCCUGACAGUCCGAGAUGAAUCUCCUUGGGGCACUUUCAGAAAGUACUACGAUUGUGACCUAGCUGGCCCCGUUGCGGCGGUGCGCCAGUAUCCAAUUGAGGACGCUGACAAGGUUCUGCGGAACCUCCACUCCAUGCGCCAUAGGAGCCUGGCCUCCACUCGGGAGUGCUUUCGCACCCCGGAUUCUCUAUACACGCUGGGUGAGUUUGACCCUCUCGCUCUAGAUCAUAUUGUCGCCUGUAAAGCCUUCCCAGACGAGCAGGAGCUGGCAGCCAUUAUGUCUCAGGUUUGUUCCUCAUUCCCUCCCACCUACCUGUCAAAUGGCAAACAGGCUGAUUCCGUACAGCUCAUGACUACAUUUGAAACAAGGGCAAAGUAA